AUGUUCUGGCAUCACCGUAUUCUAGUGAAGAAGAUCACAGCGGGGGUGUGGAUUGCGAUCACCCCCGACUUGGAGCUUGUGCGUCACAAUCUUCUAGAGCAGCGCCACCUCGUCCUGGAACGCAAUUCGAUGUUCCCUGCGAGUCGUCGGGGCGAGGUGUAUGGCUUCGACCCUGUGCCUCGAGCUGAGAUUCUGGCUCUGAAGAGGCAAGCUGCAGUUCAGGCAGCGAUUUUGGGCGAUGGCGACCAUGACGUGGAGAUGGAGAACUACGUUUGGGUCGUCGCAGAGGUAGGUCACUCACGGUUUGCCCAACCCCUGGUCGAUGCAGAGUUGGACCAGGCUUCCUUGGGGCAGUCCAAGGGCGUGGCAUUGGUGAGUGGCCUCGAAUUGUUCAUAGAGAAGGCACAGAGCAACCAGUUGCAGGGGUGGAUGACCUCGCGGAGCUCGGAGGGUGGGGACCUACGCACUUUGGGUGACCAUCGGGACUCCGCAGGCCGCCGUCGUCUGCCACUUCCGGACGCUAUAUCCCUGAUGCGCGAGACGAGCUUCGACGAUUGGGCCAUGCCUGGACCACGGGUUGCCAAGGAGUGGCUCGUUUCAGUUCGGGAUGGCCCUGGAGAUCUUUCUUCUUAUCACGGACAGUGGGUUCGCCGUUCGGGAGUCAGCGAAUCCUCGGCGGUGGCCCACAUUCAUUGCGUGCUGUGCGAGUCAGUUCGGCUGGCCAUUCAGACAGACCAGCUCGACGUGACCAACUUGUUGAGCUUCGAACUCAUCAUGCGCAGGAUCUGCCAGGAUGAGACCGCGGUGGCUCGUAACCCUCGCCAUCCUGACUACGGUGGGUUGGAGAUUUUGCUUCGCGCUCCGACCACCGAGCAGGGCCAGGCGAGCGCGAACAAGUUCACGGAGUGGGUCACGGGCCGCCUCAAGGAGCAGGCCGCGAUCUACAAGCAGAUUCGGUUGUGGAACGAGGAGCAGCAGGAAUGGAUCUUGGACAGCACCACGGAGCGCGUUGCCGCUGUGGGGCCCCCCCCGCCUGGCCUGGCGGCCGAGGGGGCUGCUCGCGAGUUGCUGGCUUCCAAGGACCUGUACUGUCAGGAGCCGAAGAACCUCGCGCCUUUCCAUCUGACAAAGCUCAAGGUCGCAAAGGGGCGCGCUCGACCUCGCUCUGUGGCCAACUUCUUGCCGCCUUUGCCCGCGGACAUGAUCCGCAACCCUGCACUGUACAUCGAGAAAGAUGAGGGGGAGAUGGAGUUCGCGCGUCAGCACACCGAUCCUAUUCGCCCUUACUGGGAUCCUGUCCUUCGCUCGAGUCGGACAGAACGCUGGCGACUCUUCAGGGCGUUGUAUGAGCUAGGGUUGAUAACUUUCAGGCGUCGUCUCCGGGCUCGCGCUGCCCUCUUCUUUGUGAUAAAGAAGAAACCAGGUGAGAUCAGAAUGAUUGUGGAUGCCAGACAGGCCAAUUCGUGUCAUCGUGCCCCGCCUAUUUCAAGACUCGGCUCAGCUGGGGCCCUUGCGGACCUCGAUCUCUCCGUGGGCGGCGAGUCCGUCGACGGUGUCGGCAGCGUGAUAGGCUGGGACCCCCACGGGAACGAGGCCGAUGUCGAGGACUGCUUCUACAACUUCGCCAUCGAUGGCUUGGCGGAGUGGUUCGGUUUUGACGACCCGCUGCCCGCCGCCGAGAUCAGGGACACGUACGGCAUCAACGUCGGGGCGUUCUGGGACCCCGAGCUGAACACGAUGGUCUCCGUGGAGGACGACAUGGUCUUGUAUCCGUGCAUGCGCGCUAUGUGCAUGGGGUGGCCCUGGGCUCUGUACUUUGCGCAGGAGGCGAGCUCCGCCUUGCAGGCCGAAGCUGACCGAUCUGGUUUACCUAUCACGUGGUCCUACCCCGAUGUGGUGACCCACCUCGAGACCGUGGGUGUUGAGAUCGACCUCAGGCCCGGGUACGCUGCGCUCUCAGCCACGUACCGGUUCGCCGAGACCGCCUGGGGUGUUCGGACCCCUCUGCCGCGCGAGGUCAUGCACGAGAUGAGGUUAGUCGCUGGGCUGGUCUGGCUCGCUGAGGUCGACCUGGCGGCGCCCUACGUGCCGCGUGUCUAUGCCAGCGACUCCGCCGACAACGGGUACGGCCUGAUGUACAAGAAGGCCACGGUCGAGGAGUUGCAGUCGGCCUUCCGCUGGAAGGCAGACGAGACGCAGCUGGAUCACGAGGUGGAGCCCCGCUGCCGCUCCGCCGAGCCGAACGCGGGCUCCGCCCCCGCCACGGCCUUCGGCCAGUGGCUGCAGAGCAGGGCCGAGGAGGGCUCUGCCCUCGACGGACCUCAUCGGUCUCGCCCUCGCCGUCUGCGGCGGCGUCCUGCCGACCCUGACGAUCCCGACGCCGAGUGCCUCGGUCAGGUUGGCCCUCUGGCGCCGCCGCUGCCCGCCUCCUGGUUCGACUCGGAGGGCUUCAGGCUGGUGGCAGCGAGGCGCUGGCGCUGGCCUGGAGAGCACAUCAACGUGAAGGAGACCCGCGCUGCAGUGAUGGGGCUGCGGCAUGCCUGUUGCGUUCGCCAGAAUUGCGGACGCCGCCUAGUUUCUAUCGUGGACUCCAUGGUAUGUGUUGGCUGCCUGGACAAGGGGCGGCCCAGCCGCUCAGCAGCUCUGAACGCACAAUGCCGGCGAGCUGCGGCCUACACAAUCGGUUGUAGAGUGCGUUGGAGGCUGCGGUAUGUCAACGCGAAGUUUAACGUGGCCGACGCUCCAUCUCGUCGGCAUGGGCCCUGGCCGCGGGCAUGUCAGCGCCUGCGCGGGCCCGAGGCGGCUCAGACCCGCCUGACGGCGGGGACCUGGCGGCACGGCUUCGCGAUGCUGCACGACGGCCGGCUUCGCGCGCCCGGGAGCGCUUCCGACCAGCUCGGCAGCGGCUUCAAGCGGAGCCUGACCUCGGGCUCGCUGGCGCCGUCGACUCAGCCGACCUCGAGAGCAGGUUUGACCACCUGCGGCCUUUCAUCAUCUUCGGUCAGGACUCCAACCUCGAAGCAGCAAGGAAGCAGGCAGCCCGCUCGAGGAAAGGCCCGAAAGGUCGCUGGCCGCCGCUCCCGCGUCUCUAGUUUCGUGGAGGCGAUCAAGGGCCGCAACCUGUGCUUCGGGCCGUCGGCGCCCGUCCCUGUGGAUGGAGGUGUUGCCCGUUUCGGCUCGAUCACCUCGACGUCGCUGGAGCGAUAUGGGACUGCAGUUCGUGAGUUUUUCGAUUGGGCGACGCGCUCAGAUGACCUCAGACAAGCUCCAGAGUCCGUGAUCGAUCAGAAGAUGUGCAAGUACUUUGAUGUUCUCAUGAGUGAUGCUCGACAUGCCGCUGAAGGACGGUACACACUCUGGGGGUAUCUAACUUUCUUCCCACGGUCGGACAUCGCCAAGUCCGCCCGCCUCUCGAUGGCUCGCGAGGCGAUGAAGGGCUGGGUCCGCAGGUUCCCUGGCUCCUCACGACAUCCAUGGCCGCUCUCAGUCUUCUAUUUGUUCAUGAGUGUCUUCCUGAGGGACAAACACACCGAGGCUGCCGUCGCCCUGGCUAUCCAACUAGACGCCUACAUGAGACCUUCUGAGAUUUGCGACCUGCGGUGGUGCUCCGUGGUUCAGCCCUCAAAGCUCUCAUCUUCACUGUCAAAGAACAAGUGGGCUGUUGUCAUUGGUAACUCAGACCUCGGUGAGACCACAAAGACUGGUGAGAGCGACGACACUGUAGUACUCGACUCUGCCGGCCGUGAGUGGGUAGGUUCCGUGCUUGAGAUGUGGGCUAGGCGCGCUACAGCUGCGGAGGCCUCCAUCUUUCAGUGCUUUCAGGAGGCCGCCGAGUCCCUGCCCCCCGACGUGCAGCUGAUCGCCGCCGACGGCUCGCGCCGCGCGGCCCACCGCCUCGUGCUCAGCGCGCGGAGCCCCUUCUUCCUGUCGAUGUUGUCCACCAGCAUGCGGGAGAGCAGGCCACGGGCGAGGUGCACCUGCCGGACGUGGAGCCCCGGCGCCUGGAGGCGAUCCUGGCGUGGAUGUACGGCCGCAAGGCCGAGGUGCGCAUCGACGACUCGAACGAGGCGCUGUCGCUGCUGGAGCUGGCGAAGCGGUGGCAGGUGGACGAGCUGUGCGAGCAGCUGUCCUCGUGCGAGGCGUGCACGCUGUCGGAGGACAACGUGCUCGGCAUCUGGGAGACGGCCCAGAGGCUCACUUUGGAGCGGUUGGAGGACCGCUGUCGGGACUACGUGAUGUCCAAGAUAGCCACCAUGUUGCAAGGCAACGCUGCCGGGCGCCUCUCGCCGCUCCUGCGCGGCCUGUCGCCGGCGCAGUUCAGGCAGCUGCUGGACAGCGACGAGCUCCCGGUCACCAACGAGGAGGAGGCCCUCGAGCUCGCCCUGCUGUUCAUCCAGGAUCGGACUGACAAUGCCGACGCGGACGGCUCUGACAGGGAGUCCAGCGGAACCCUCACCCCAGAGGAGGUCGACGAGGU